AUGCCUCUGCGAAUGCGGAAUGGACCGCAGUUCCACCACCCGUCCUCGGCGUCUUCGCACCCGUUUAGCUCAUCCUCAGCUCACCAUCGCUAUGCAGAUACCCAUGACCGCCCCGGAGCCUUCCAUCCCCGGCUCCGGGUCAUGGACCGGUACAGAAUCGUCGGAUUCAUCAGCAGUGGCACAUAUGGCCGUGUGUAUAAAGCCGUCAGCCGUGUCAGUACCGUAGCUGUUCGUACGACAACCACCCCGUCAGGAGCCUCUUCCAGCAGUGCCACCGCCGGCCAGGAGGUCGCCAUCAAGAAGUUCAAGCCCGACAAGGAGGGCGAGCAGAUCAGCUACACGGGUAUUUCGCAAAGUGCCAUUCGAGAAAUGAGCCUCUGCAGCGAACUUCGCCACCACAACGUCAUCCGCCUCGUGGAGACGCUCCUCGAGGACAAGUGCAUCUUCAUGGUUUUCGAGUACGCCGAGCACGAUUUGUUGCAAAUCAUCCACCACCACACCCAGCAACCCCGGCAUCCUAUUCCCCCGGCCACCAUCAAGAGCAUCAUGUUUCAACUGCUCAACGGGUGCCAGUACCUGCACACCAACUGGGUCCUGCAUCGUGAUUUGAAACCUGCCAACAUCAUGGUCACUUCCGGUGGGGAGGUCAAGAUUGGAGAUUUGGGUCUGGCCAGGCGAUUCGACAAGCCGCUGCACUCGUUAUUCAGCGGUGACAAGGUCGUUGUCACCAUCUGGUACCGGGCGCCAGAGCUGAUACUCGGCUCAUACCACUAUACACCAGCCAUUGAUCUGUGGGCCGUGGGUUGCAUUUUCGCAGAACUGCUUUCUCUUCGCCCCAUCUUUAAGGGCGAGGAGGCAAAGAUGGACAGUAAGAAGACGGUCCCCUUUCAGAGGAACCAAAUGCAGAAAAUUGUCGACAUCAUGGGGAUUCCCACCCGCAGCAGGUGGCCGCUGCUGCCCAUGAUGCCAGAGUUUAACCAACUCAACACAUUGCAAUCACCGCCCUCUCACCACAGCCACCACCACCAUCAUCACCAACACCACAGCCAUUCCUCCAGCAGCAGUUCCACGUCCAACCUCGAAAAAUGGUACUACAACACCAUUUCUAACGCUCCUCAGAGCGCGUCAUCGGGUCCGUCAUUGACAUCCCUCGGCGCCGAGGGAUACAAGCUCCUCGCUGGACUAUUGGAAUACGAUCCCACCAAACGACUCACGGCUGCACAGGCACUUCAGUCUACAUUCUUCACUACCGGCGACCGUGUCAAUACCAACGCUUUUGAGGGUCUCAAGGUGGAAUAUCCCCAUCGGAGAGUCAGUCAAGAUGACAACGACAUUCGCACAAGCAGUCUCCCAGGCACCAAGAGGAGCGGGUUACCAGAUGACUCCUUGCUGCGACCUCCUAAACGUGUCAAGGAGUAG